AUGAUGACGACUGGCGGCACGAUGCGUCGAUCUCCUCGACAAGGGAAGCUCAAGACCGAGCUCCAGGCGCAGGAAAGCCAAACAGCCGACCAGCUGAGCAGCCUGCUGGCCAAGGGACUGGGACUGGACGCGAAGGCGUUCGAGGAGUUCGACCAUGUGAUGAAGUCGUGUCCCCCGUGA